AUGCACAUCUCUAAACUGGCUACCAUUGCUUCCUGCAUAUCUUUAAACACUGCAAGCACUGUCACAUACAGCGGAUUCUACGACGAUGAUGACGCCUCCAUCACCGAGCUAGCAUGCUGGAAAGGCGGCCGGAUCGUCGAAGGUCAAGACUGGACGAAGCUCGGCCAAGUCACCUAUCAGAUAGCUGGCUACGAAGGUGUUGAGGGCCCUGAUUCUCCAUUGUGCGGCACCUGCUGGUCACUGAGCUAUGGAGCUACCAGUCGAUCUGUUCUUGUUCUGAACAGUGCCCAAGCCGGAUCUGGAUAUGAGACAUCGCUGACGCUCAUGAACUCUCUCACUGGAGGCAAGGCUGAGCAACUUGGUCGGGUGAAUGUUACUGCCUUCCAGACGGAGCUUUUGGACUGUGGUGUUGCAACGGAGCCUACAGAGGAGGAGCUCAGGAUGGUUGUCGGAGGGAAUUGGUACUCGAAAUGGUUUUAUGAUAACUUUACCUAA